AGAAGCGAGUACUUCUUGUGUCAUUAAGAGAACAUCUAUCUGUAAGUCAUGGUCCAGAGGCAUGCUGUCUGUCUGUACAUGUUCAGCUGCUGUUUGUGAGUAAGAGCGAGAAUGGGCUGAUAACUGCACAUGGUGGGCAGAUCUUCUCCCUCUGACAUAGAGGCGUGUAACCACACCACACACUCACACAGUCACAUAGUUUAGGACAGGAACAAGCAAUUCCAACAGGACUUGAGUGAAAAUGGAGUUUAGAGGAGUGAGAGUGUUGCUCUGCGUGCUGUUUCUGGCACAUACUACGCUCCAGCAGAGCUCCACCAAGAAAAAGAACGGGAAGAAAGAGUCUGCUAACAGUGUUGCCAUUGAGGAGCUGAGGAAAAAGAUUGAUGAGAUCAUGCUGGAGCUGAAUCUCCUGAAGGAAAGGCAAGCUCUACAAACAGUGUGCCUGAAAGGCAUCAAGGUCCCGGGGAAAUGUUUUCUGGCAGACCCAGUGAAGAAGAGCUACCAUGUGGCUAGCGAUGACUGCAUCAUGAAAGGUGGCACCCUCAGCACUCCUCUGAACAGCGACGAGAACGACCAGCUCUAUGCUUACGUACGUCAGACCAUCGGGCCUGAGGAACACAUCUGGCUCGGCGUGAAUGACAUGGUGAAGGAGGGCGAUUGGGUGGACAAGUCAGGCAACACUGUUCGCUUUAAGAACUGGGAGACGGCGGUGACCCAUCAACCCGAUGGCGGCCGCAGCCAGAACUGCGCCAUCCUCUCUAACCCUGCCAACGGGAAGUGGUUUGAUGAGAGCUGCCGUGCUGAGAAGGCCUCUGUGUGCGAGUUCAAUAUCGUCUGAGAUGUGCAGCUCGAUCCAUGUAUCACUGUUUCCUUUAUCCUUUAUAACAUGCAGGGAAUGUAUUAUCAGUACUGGUGCAUGAUAAAUAUUUACUACUUUGUUUAAUGCAUCUCUACUCAAGUCUUACAAACAAGCAAAGAUCAGGCUUCAAACUUGUAUUUGAAGACAGAUGGGGGUGUUACACAGCAGGUCACUAUUAGUGUACACACAGAUUGGAGGACUCGUUUGGGUGAAAUUUGUUGGAGCAACAAUAGAAAAUGUCUGAAGGUUAAUGGAGAACUGUAAUAUACCAGUUACAUAACAAUUGAAACCAAUACAACAUGCAAAUCAAGCUUUAAACCAAGCAACACGUCAGUUUAAUCACUUUGGCUGUGACUGAAAUGGCUCCCUAUGUACUAUUUAGGGCACUGUUGAGUGCGUCGCAGUGUCCGAAUCAUAAAGAGGAAUUUUGAAUGUGAUUUUGAGGACACUGUAAACUCCCAUAAUGCAUCAUGAUUCAUAAUAAACAUGGCUGCUUACUAAGCAAGCUAAAUGUGUCCCAGAAUGCAUUGCGAGUCUACUAAGCAACAGACAGCCAAACAAACAGAGCAGACAGUGAGCCAUCAGGGUUGCCAGAUUGUUACAGUGGGAUUCAGAUAAAACGUGUUUAAAAUCUGCAGAGAAAAAAUGCAGAGAAAACCACCCAAAAAGCUGAUGUUUAUCAUAUCAACAGUAUUACAUCUUAAAUAUCACCAAUUACAAAAAAAAAUAUUUCUUUGAUUUGAUCUGCAUUUUCGUAUUAUAUGUUUUGUGCAUUGUAUGAUAGGACACACGAACCAAAGAAAAGUAAUUACAAUACAUAAAAAUAAACUUGCCAGCAAUGAAAGAAAGAAAUACUCAUAUAUAAUAACCAACACAAACACUGCUUAUUUGAAUUUCCAUCAGCAGGACUAAAAGCUCUGUCUCUGCAAGGUUAGCGUUAUCUAUCUACAACACUGCUGAGGUAAAUAUACAAACUCUUAACACUUGGUAGUUUUGUCCCCCUGUCAAAGCACAGCGUUUCCUCCAGUCAAUUUCAGACAUAACUCGACAUUUCGCUUGAAACCACCCAAUCUGGCAACAUUAUGAGCCGGCGUACGCUGUUAAUUUCAGAUGUUUUUCACAUAUAUUUCAUUAAUGUGAGGAUUAUGUUUCUAAACAGUUUAAAUAUAACAGGCAGAGAAAUGACUUCAUGAUCACCUCAGAGCUUCACUAACUUUAAUUUAGAGCUCAGUUCAGUGUGUUUAUGGAGUUAAAACACAGUUAAGCCCUUCAGAUGUUUCCGGUGUUUAUGCGACCGGUGCUGGCGCAUGUUAAUGAUGAGGUAGUGUCCAAAUUCACUCGUGUUUCACCACUACUUAGUGAACUACAUAGUGUCUCCCUAUAUAGCGCUACACUAAUGAGGAAGUAGGGAGCCAUUUCAGUCACAGCCUUUGUUUCUUUUAUCUUGGAUUUUGGAUCAUUUUCCUGUUGAAAGGUGCAGUUUCUUAAAAGCUUUAAUUAUUGCCUAGUAUUUGCUGUGGAAAGUACAGGUGCCUCUUCAAAAAAAAUAAUAUUAUUGAAAAGUUUCUUUAUUGCAGUAAUUCAGUUCCAAAUGUGAAACUUGUAUGUUAUAUAGAUGUAUUUACACACAGACCGAUCUAUUUUAAGCAUUUAUUUCUUUCAUUAUUGAUUUUUAGCCAAUGAAAACCCAAAAAACAGUGUCUCAGAAAAUGUGAAUAUUAUAUAAGACUGAUUGAUACUUUUGGCAGUGUGGGCAGUGUGCCAAGUCCUGCUGGAAAAUAAAAACUGCAUCUCCUUAAUAGUUGUCAGCAGAGGGAAGCAUAAAGUGCUGUAAGACACCAGCAGAUGACAUGACUCUCCAAACCAUCAGUGAUUGUGGAAACUUCACACUAGACCUCAAGCAGCUUGGACUGUGUGUCUCUCCACUCUUCCUCCAAACUCUGAUCCCUUGAUUUACAAAUGAAAUGUAAAAUUUACUGAUGAUCAGUGAUGGUGUGGAGAGUAGUGUCAUCUGCUGGUGUUGAUCCACUGUGUUAUAUCAAGUCCAAAGUCAGUGCAGUGUUUUCCCCUAAUAUCUUACAGCACUUCAUGUUCCCCUCUGCUGACAACUUUAUAGGAAUGUGGAUUUCAUUUUCCAGCAGGAUUUGGCAGACUGCCAACACUGCCAAAAGUACCAUUGGUCUUAUAUAAUAUUCUAAUUUUCUGAGACAUUGAUUUUUGGGUUUUCAUUAGCUAACAAUAAAAUAAAUAAACACUCAAAAUAGAUGACGGUGUGUAAUACAUCUAUAUAAUAUACGAGUUUCACAUUUUAAACUGAAUUACUAAAAUAAAGUAACUUUUUAAUGGUAUUCUAUUUUUUUAAGAUGCACUUGUACAUUCUUAUGUAUUAUUCUGAUUUCUAGCCAUCCUCCAAUAUAGUCUUUUCUGUUAUUCUGUAGUAUAAUUUCCUCAGAAUGCUGUUUGGUCUCCAUUUUUACAGAUUCACUGUUUGUUCAAUGGUACCUGAAUGGAUUUGGAGGAAAUUUGUUCCUAGAAACAUUAAACCUUUAAUAAUUCAUAGGUAAACCAACUGUGUUCUUAUUAAUGAAAACUCUUUCAUCUGUGCCAAUUUAAACAGAGAUUGAAAACAUACACACACAUUAAUUUUUUAGUAAUUUGUGUCAAUAUUUUAUUGCUUUUGUAACGUGAAGUGAUAUACCAACAAAAUCAAAGUGAGAUUUGUAAUCCAGACAAAAUCUGAUAACUUUGUAAAGAGGUAAAAAUGUUGGAAAGACACUGCAGUUCAGUAUUUCUCUACUUCUCUUCUAGUAUUGUUAGAAAUGAACAUUUACACAUUAACACUCAAAAUGCAGAAUUCACAAAUAGCCAGACCAGCAUGUCUAUUUCAUGCCUUCUAGCAUUUCAUUCAUUACGUAACUUAUGUAAACUGCUAAAGAAAGCAAAAUAUAAAGUUUGUUAGAAGCAAGUAUUUUGUGUUUUUCCUGCCUCCCUAUUUGUAAUGCACAUUUUUUUUAAACAAUCAAAUUGGUCAAAUAAAAAUAUUUUCCAGUGAAAUAUAUGACUUCAUUUUACACUCACAGUAUUAUAUAACCUCAGUCUAGUUUCUCCCCAAGGACUUUCAGCCACAUGUGUGACAAAUCUGGCCUUAAAACAGCUGAACAACACUUACAUUUUUACUCAGAACUUUUAAAUGUAACCAUUUAUUUGUCUUUAAAGGUUUUAUUACAACAAACACUUUUAUCUAACUUUAAUCUUUUGUCAGAUUUUGUGUUUUAUAGGAUUUUGUUUAGUUGUAAUAUUCCAUAAAAUGUUUAAAAAAAAGAAAAGAAAAAAAAAGCUUAACCUGAAAACACAUCGAACAUAAAAGGUCACAUUCAUAAAAAGAUGGAAAAUACGUCACAUCAAGCUUUCUUCCAAAGUUUUUAAAUAUAUAUUAACAACCAAUGCAUAUUUUAAACUCAACCAAAAGAUUUACAACACAACAUUCAAGCAAACAGGAACAAAAAAUGAGAGGAAAAUGAAAUCGUUUUUUUUUUUUUUUUU